CACGCCCUCCUAGUUAUUCUUUUUUGUUUAUAAAAGAACUCUAGUUCCAUCUCCUCGGCCUCGACAACGUUUGCUCUGUCAUUAUCCUCACUGAUCGUCUCGUCUCUGUUUUAUUCUGCUAGUUUUAUUGCUGUUCUCCAGGCUCCUUUUACUUGCAAAUCAUGGCAAAAAUAUCCAGCAGCAGUACUAGUAUUCCUAUUGAUAAACCUGAAGACACUCCAGCUACUGAUGGAAUACAAGGAAUAGAAAAAUGGUUGGAAGAAGGUAUAGUUAACCUUGAAAUCACUCGUAUCAAUAUGCAUGGUGCACCUGGAGCUGGUAAAACAUGUUCACAACACCUCCUACUUAAUGAGCCACCACCAUCUUCUACUGAUAGUACACCAAUAGCUUGUCGUGCUGUUAAAGCAACAAGAAUAUCCAUUGAUGAUAGAAAUAAGAAGUGGGAGAGGGUUGAAAUUCAGGAUUUACUUAACCAGUUAGCAUCUCAUUUAGAAGAAAACAUGAAGGAGGAAAGAAUAUCUUUAGAAGUGGAUGAAGCACCAAAACCUAAAAAUGAUGCACCUAAUUGUUCAGAUGAAUUAUCAGUGGAAGAACCAACCAAGAUAAAACCAAUCGAUAUGGAAGUAAUAAAAAAAAUUGCAAAUGUUCUUGAAACAGGAAAAUCUAAAAAAUUGAGCACUAAUUGGGUUUAUUUUAUUGAUUCUGGUGGUCAACCAGCAUAUCGAGAGUUGCUACCUCUUUUUACAAGAGCAGCUGCACUGAAUAUCAUCACCAUUGAUCUUACCAAAGGUCUUGAUGAAAAGUACAAGUUUCAAUAUCGUAUAUGUCAAAAUGCGAUUCCUAUUCAGACAAAGCUGCAGUAUUCAAAUCGUGGUAUAAUCCAAUCAACAAUUAGCUCCGAAGCUAUGUUGAACCCCAUCAAAAUUCCUUAUGUCUCUGACAUGCCUAAGCACCCUCAUUAUCUUAUACUUGGAACACGUGUAGAUGAGCUGAAAGAGAAAGGUAUGCUUGAUAGACUGGAUUAUAUGAAUAAGAAGCUGAUAAAUGAAGGCUUUAACAAUCUCAUUAAGCCGCAAAAUGAGGGUAAAGGUUCAGUUAUAUUUCCAGUUAAUACGUUGCUCCCUGCUGGGUCUAAGGAAAGAGAAGAAGCUAGUGUAGAGCUUUGUACUGCAAUUUCUCAUUGUAGAGUUGCCAUGACAAUUAUGUUACCGAUUCGACUGUUUACAUUUGAGAUUUCACUACAAUUAGAAGCUAAAAAGAAGCAACAAAGUUUCCUUACAAGAGGAGAAGUGAUUGAGAUUGGUAAGUCUCUCCAACUUGAUGAUGAAUCAGAAAUUGAUGAUGCUCUGCAAUAUCUACACAAUGUCACUAUCAUUCUUUAUUAUCCUGCUGUCCUACCAAAUAUAAUAUUUGUUGAUCCUAAACCAGUUCUUGAUGUCCUUUCAUGUUUAAUUGCUAUCAGAUAUGUCGACCAUAAAGAUCGACAUUUGAUUGCUAAUCCACCUCCUUCACCAGAUGAAACACGUGACUUCAUAAAAUAUGGGCUUUUUAAAGGAGAUUUUAUAAAAAGUAUUGGUAAAAAAUUUUUUAAUAAAGAUUUUAAAUUGUCUCACAUGAUCACUCUUCUAAAACACCUCCACAUCAUUGCUAAAGUAGAAAACAGAGAAGAAGGAGACUAUUUUUUCCCUUGUGCAUUACCAUCCUAUGACAAGCUCAAUCCUGCCUCAAAAGUAGUAAGGCCACUUCUCAUAGCAUGGGAGAUUCACAAUAGGGGCACAACAACUCUAGCCAUCCCCCAAGGAUUAUUUCCUUUAACCAUUGUACACCUUUUAGAGAAAAAGGAUAUAGUAGACUUUUGUCCAGUAGGCAAAGAAUAUUACAGAUGUCAUGAUGCGAUGUCACUUUGUGUUUACGAAAAAUACUACAUAGAUAUCAUCAAUUGCUAUACACAUAUCGAAAUACGUUUUGAUGAUUGCAAGGAAUCUUGUCCAGAAAUUCGUAAAUUAGUCACAGAAGCUAUCAAAAGAAGCAGCAAAGAUCUCAAUGUUGAUGAUGAUCAUAUUUUUGCAUUCAAAUGCCCCAGCGAAAAUGAACAAUGUUACUGUAUUGUUCAGGAAGAUAAAUAUUCUGCCAGAUGUACUCAAUGUCGAUCAAAAUGUGACAUACUACAAAGUGAUGAUGAUAGCUAUGAAUGCUGGUUUAAUAAUCCUCAAUUACCCAGUCCAGGAGCUGAAAGUCCCUCUACUAAAAUGCAACCCACUAAAUUAUUAGAUACCAGUAAUCUUAUUGAUGUACUUGAUGUACUGGAUGAUCAUGGAUAUUCUGGUGUCAGUUAUUAUAAACUUGGUCUUUGUCUGGGACUACUCCCUCGUACACUUGAUGUUAUUAAAGAAAAUAACAAAGGAGAUACUAAGAGCUGCCUAAGGAAAUGUUUGACAGCAUGGUUGGAACAAAGAGAUAGUGUAAUGAAGAGAGGUGUUCCAACUUAUGAUACAUUAAUACGAGCAUUGAGGAAGAUGGGAGAGAAUGCUGCAGCUGAUGGGAUUGAAAGAGGCAUCAAUACAAAACAGCUGGAAGAAGAUGAAGUUGAGCUUAAAGCCACCAAUAUCAAUAUGCAUGAUGCACCUGGAGCUGAUGGUUCACAACACCUACUUAAUGAGCCACCACCUGAAAAACUCACUGAUAGUACACAAGAAAGUGAAAGUAAAGAAGAAAGUAAUUAA